UGAUUCCUAGUUAUUUAAUCAUAUUUUUCAUUUUUCCGUAAUUUAAAAUCUUAUUAUUAUAUUUUCCCAAACACUACACAUUUCCAUAACAUUACUACAUUAUUCAUUAUUUUACUCCUAAUUUUAUAUUCCAGAGUUAAUUUAGAGUUAUAUUCUUAAUAAUUAUUCCUUAUAAGUGUGUGAUUUUGUGGAAUUUUAAUGUUUUUAGCGAGAUUCUGUUUAUCUUAUAAUAAAUUUAGGCCCUGGGAGCGAUCGUUACGGAGAUUUAACAGGAGGAAGCGGUGGAACUUGAUUUCAUGGCUUACCAAGGGCACUUACGAGAAUUUGAAGUUUAAAAACGGCUGGAAAACAACCUCUCACAUUAAUCCCCAAGGCUUUAAAACUGAAAGUACCGUUAGGAAAACUGAAUUCUGUAACAUGGAACUGCUACACCAACAAGACUCGCAAUACUAUCUCACACAACAUUAAUGUACCAAUAUUAC